AUGGAGAACGAGAGCCCACAGUCCUCGGGAGUGGCCUGCGUCGAGCUGUCAGCUGCAUGGAAAAGUCUGAAUCAGACCAAAGCUGCUUUGCGGCACAUUGAGAAGCGCCUGGAGGCUGCUCCUGGCUCUGGGGUUCUGCUGGAUUCCGUAAUGGAUACAAAGAAAAGCUCCGGGGGCGCCACCAGGAAAGUGAGCCGCAGAGAUGGGCGGCGUACAGAGGACUGCUCUCAGGCAGGCGGAACCUCCAAGUCCAGAACGAGGAGUCAUCGGAGCCCAGACAAGAGCUCCCGCAGCCCCCUGAGGAACACCACACAGGACAGCAACGUCCGUAGGAACAACUGUGUUGAGUUUAAGGAGCCUCUGGCGUCUUAUAGGGAAGCAACCCCAACACCCCUGACCUUCUCCCAGCUGGAGGCCCACAGUCUGCAGUCGGAGGUUGCCGCCCCCCCUCCCCCGGACUCCUGUCUCAGCCAGCUGGUUUACCAGAGCGACAAGCGAGACCAGCAGACUCGUAGAGACCUGGACAGCACACACUCGUCUGCUCUGGACAGCACCGUGGUGCGUUACCUCAACGACCGUCCCGCGCUGGACGCCCUGCUGCCCCCAGGCCACACUGCUGCAGCCAGAGACCAGGAGGGGGGCCUGGAGGACAGGCCCAAAGCACACACCCUGGAGGGCCCGGCCCCACCCCCAGCAGAGACCUCUGUUUCCUCAAGCCCUGGCUCGGCCUCCCAGAGGCUGGAGAACCUGAGGCGGAGGCAGCCUGACGACAAGCUGGAGAAGCUAAAGGAGACGAUCCGCAGGCAGAGAGAGCACCUGGAGGCUGCUGACAGAGAUGGGUUGCUGGGGUACCUGGAGCAGCCUGUGGGCGUCGCUGGCGCUGUAGAGACCACCACCACCACCACGGCUAAAAUACGCAAAGUGGCAGCCGCACCUCUGGCACCUAUAUACAAAGGUUUCAACAGGAGUGAGAACAAGAGCUGCACUCCUGAUGGUAAAGUGUGGCGAGAGGAGGAGUUCCACAACCUGAGCAGAGACCUGUCUCGCCAGCUCUCAGAGAGCACCAAGCCCAAGCAGCGACCCACAGAGAAGGCUAAGGAAAGGAAGCCAUCCAAGCCUGUGAGGAAAGUCCAUAAAUCAGCUUCUAUUCCCGACCCGGAGACCAAGCUAGUGAUCAGCACCACGUCAUGGCAGGAGGGUCAGAAGCUGGUGAAGAUGGUACUGGGUCCCGCUCCACGUCUGCCUCAAGAGCGAAAGCCAGAGCCCACAGACAGACUGGCCAGGACAGGUGGGUUGGGAGACAUAUCUACUACCCUCAACCAUCUCUGCUCUACUUGGCCUUCUCUCCUCUCCCCCUCCACUACAUCACACAGUAAAGAGUAUGGUUUCAUUCACACAAUAAUGCGAUUAUUGUGGAUAAAUUGUUGCUCAAAGCUGCGAUCCCGUCCUCGGUCAAAUUUUGACCCCCGUCCAGUGCUGAACCGUCGGUCCAGACCGAGCAGCUCAGAGAGACCCUGUAGCCGGGACAGGACCACCCAGCCCACCCCAGACCCUCUGUCUGCAGGCCCAGCCGAGGACAGAGCCCCCAACACAGACCUCCUGUCUGUAGACAUCCAGGGCAUCCUGGACGACCUGCAGCUGGAGCGCAGAGCAGAGGAGCGAGGUCCAGCGGAGCCCAGGGCCAGAACCACAGCAUGGACGGCUGGUGGCUCCUCCUUACGGGUCUCCCGCACUGCCAGCCCCGCCAAGCGCAACAAGCCAGAGCCCUCAGAACCAGGGCCCAAGAAGAGGCACUAUGACGCCGACUCUGUGCGCCAGUACAUCACCCGGCAACAGGAGGAGCGUAAGAGACAUCUAGUGGAGGAGCGAAGGGCCCAGAGAGAGGAGGCGGAGAGGAGGAGCCAACGUCUACAGGAGCUUUACAGGAAGCAGAGAGAGGGGGUAGCCAAUAAGGGCCCUGCAGUACCAGUCCUGCAGGAGACCUACACCAAACUACUACUGGAACAGGCUGAGCUAGAAGAGGAACCUCUGCCUUCCCAGACACAGCCAGCUGCUACCACAGUCAUCCACCAGCAGAGGCCCCUAUACCAGCCAUCCGGGGAGUCGGACAAGGAGAACAAGAGGCAGGAGAGACCCCAUAGUGCCUCCUCUAGCAGUGACCUGUCUCUGUCUGAGCCACAUCCCCCUCCACUCUCCAGGAAUGAAGUGGGACUGGGAGUUCCAUUGUGGCUGCAGCCAGACCGUCUGAGUCCUGCAGUCAGACCCUCCAGUGCUCUGGCUCCCCCCACAGACAAGCUUUUCUCCCAGCUCCUGGGCCUGGAAACAGGAGGGGGCUCUGGGGGGAGGGGAACCAGCCCUCCAGCCAGGCCUCAGCACUCCACUCUCACAGGAGCAGCCAUCAAAACCAAGAUGAACCGCAUUGAGGCCCUGAAAGCCACAGCUGCAUCCAUGUCCACCCGCAUAGAGAGUGAAGCGCGGAAACUGGCUGGGGCAGGGAUCAACUAUGGCUGUGCAGGGACAUGGAUGUUACCGGUCUGACCCAUCUUUCAGCCUCAAGACGACUGCUGCUGGGCCAAGCCUGUGAGCCCAUCGGUCAGAGAGAGCGCUGACGCUGCUGACGAGCUGGCCCUGAGGAUCCAGAGGCUCCUGAGUGCUGGCCAGAGCUCAUACGACGGAGCUCUCCCAGGGGUAGGCAACCCGCACAGCUUCAGAGAGCAGAGAGACGGGGCCACUGCUUCAGGCAGCAGGCCCCAGACAGCCCCAGGCCUCGGCUCCCAUAAGCGGCCGGAGGAGCACCCUGAAGUAGCGAGGAAGACCAAGCUCCAUGACUCCAGCGGUGACUCCAUCAGUGAGGGCCCACUGCUGAGUGAGGGCAGCCUGUCGGAGGGCAAUGGGAGCCCCCGCAUGCACAUAACGAGGGUCCCCAAACCAGCAGAGUGUCUCGUGGCACUGGACUUCUGUGCGGCCCAGUGGGAGGGCUUCCAGCCCAUCUCCCACUUCCAGAGAGCGGCAGAGAAGUACCCAGCCCUCAGCACCCUCCCCUUCUCUCAGCCACGGGACAGCAGCCAAGGCCCAUGGGAGGAACUGGCCAAGGGAAGCUCUCAUAGCGUCAUCAACAUCUUCACUAAGAACCACCUGCACAACCAUACCAAGGCAGUUGGAGGGGAGGAGCGAGCAGACAGGAGCUCCCCUGCUGUGCGUUGUGGCCCUUCUGCAGCCAGCUCGGUGGAUGGUGCGCCAGUGUAUGAGGAUGACUUUGUGUCGUCCCGUAGCAGCAGCCAGUCUAAGAAAGGAUACAAGGGACGCAGCAUCACCAGUGGGAACAGUCACUAUGAUGAGUUGAUGAGUCGCAGGUCCCCAUAUGACACCCGGACUGUAGACCUGCCAUCCCAUCGCUCCUCAGGCUCCACUCCAGUAUCUUCACCUCACUCAAAGGGCUCAGUGAAAAGGGGCGCUGCUUCAGACAAGAGUGAUGCCACUCUGGUGGAGGAGCAGAGCAGCCCCUGCUCUCCGGGGUCAGAGGCCCUAUCUAGAGACUCAAGACGGGGAGGCUCAGCCUCUGAGAGAAGCUCCAUCCACAGCCUGGUGAAGAGUGCGUACACUGACAGUACACUAGGGAGCGCCUCGGGCAACUCACACUGCAGUUUGGGCUUGGACAGUAAGAAGUCCCCCAGAAGCCCUAGCCUGUCUCCAGCUGGCUCUCCGACAGGCUCUGGUUCUCCUCAUGUGUCUCCAGGCAGCGCCUCCCUAGCCGGGGCAGACAUCCUUGGUCUAGGGUCCGGCUGCCCUCACUCCUCAGCCCGCCCCAGCUCCUCCUCAUCCCUGUCCUCUGCAGCCAGGGGCAAAUCCACAUCUCCAGCCGACACACACGGUGGCAGAGCAGAGCCCAAGGCAGCAGGUGAGCUCCACUACACCCCAGGGGUGUUGCAGCAGCGUAUGUCUGCAGAGCUCCACUACCUGGAGUCUAUAGAGGAGUCCGUGCGUCAGCUGGGUGACGUGGAGCGGUUAAGGGGCGUGUCUCUGGCUCAGCAGGAAAGCGUCUCACUUGCUCAGAUACUCAAGGCACAGCAGCAGCGGCACGAGCGUGACCUUCAUGAGUUGAAGGUGAAGGCAGAGCAGGAGGCGCUGGAGACCCGACGGCAGCUGGAGGAGACAAGGCAGAAAGCAGCCAGGGCUCACGUGGAGCUGCAAGAGAACAUGGCCCAGACCCAGCAGCAAUCUCUGGGAGGCAUGCAGGAGGCCACCACUAAGAUGAUCAGCCAACAGGCUGUGUCUGUACGCUAUACGGCCGAAGCUGCCCGCCAGAUCAAAGAGAUGGCGGAGCUGGCCCGUUCUCAGAUCGCUGGAGGCAUCGGUGUUCCUGCUGCUUCUCCCAUCACCAACCUGUUUGACCAGCAGAGGCAGCAUCACCAGAGCUUCAUGGGUAAGGUGUCUGCUGCCAAGAACAGGACGGAGGAGCCCCUCUCCUCCCUGGACAGCCGCUCUGACUCCAGCCCCUCCAGGAGACCCACCCUCAGUGGUGGAGAAAGCACCCACCUGAGUCCCUCCAUGGCCUCCUCUGAGAAGAAAGAGAGGAGGAAGUUGGAGACGGGUAACAGCUCAGUGGAGGAGGAGGCCUAUACAGCAGCUGAAGACUCCAUCCCCAGUGACAGUGUUCAGUCCCUACUGGAUGAGAAAGACAGCGCAUCAGUGGCUACAGAGUACUCUCUGAAGUUUGAUGAGUCCAUGACGGAGGAUGAAAUUGAGGAGCGUUCAUUCCGCUCGCUGCUGCCCUCCGAGUCUCACCGGCGGGGAGCGGUGGAGAAGAAGAGAGGUCCCCACGAGGAGUCCGAUGACGAGCCCAGUCAGGAGAACCCCACAGCACAGGACAGCUCCAAGGACGGCAGCAUGCCCUUCUCCAGCGGGCAGGACAGCUUCUCCAGGUUCACCAUGGACAUGGUGCGCCAGUACAUGAAGGAGGAGGAGGUGCGCGCCCACCACCAGAGCUCCCUGCUGCGCCUGCGACAGAAGGCCCUUAAGGAGAAGACCAAGGCCGAGCUCGCCUGGCUGGAGCACCAGAAAAGGCGCCUCAGAGACAAGGGUGAGGAUGACAAGAUGCCACCCAUCAGAAAGAAGCAGAGAGGCCUACUGAUGAAACUUCAACAGGAACAGGCGGAGAUCAAGCGUCUGCAGGAGGCCAACAGGGCAGCCAGGAAGGAGAGGCAGCUGCUGCUCAAACAGCAGGAGGAGAUAGAGAGGAUGAGACACACCACCCUCAAGCUGAAGGAGCGCCUCAAGUGUGCCGGCACCGGUGACACUCCACCGGAGACUCCUGUGUCGGAGCGUGUCGAGGGGGCGAUGACAGACGGGGACGUGCGCAGCGCCUCUCCCCUCUCAGUGUCUGGCAGUGAGACCAGCAGCAUCAUGCAGAAGCUCAAGAAGAUGCGCUCUCACAUGGAUGAGAAGUUCCUGACCAAGCGGGAGCAGGGUCUGAUGCAUCGGCGGAGGCACGCGGAGGAGCUGCUGGAGUGGAAGCAGAGGCUGGAUGCUGAGGAGGCUGAGGUGAGGCAGAUGGAGAAGCAGGCCCUGGCUGCCUGGGACAGAGAGCGUCCUAGAGAUGGAGACGAGCGGUCAGAUCACAGAGACCGCUCCAAUGCUAGCUCCGGCCAGCACAAACCUGAGGGAAAGACUGAUAGAGACUCUGUGAGUGAGGGUGACUACUCCCCAGUAGUGACUGGCUCCAGUGUGCACACAGAGCUGUCUGGGUCCCAGCAGCCAGACAUCCCUCCACUGAUCCGCCCUGGUUCUGUCUCUGACCUGCCUUCUGCCCAGUACAGCCCCUCCAUAUACACCCAGGACUUUGAUUCCCCCUCUGCGAGCAAGAGAUCUCCUUCACCAAAAGCCAGCCUCAGCACUAACACACACCUAGAGGGCAGCAGCAGCAAGAUGCAGCUCCGCUCCUCCUCCAGGACCGCCAGCCACGACCCCAAGGCCACUGACACCCCCUCUGGCACACACACAGAGCCCAUGUCGGAUCAGAGCGACAUCGAGAGCCGUAUCCGUGCCCUCAAAGAGGAGCUACGCAAACGCAAGUCUGUGGUGUACCAGCUGAAGAAGGAGCAGAAGAAGAGGCACAAAGAGCGUCUGAAAGCCCAGGAGGCCAGCCUACUGAAGCAGCUAGAGUCCUACAAUGACUUCAUUGAGAAGACCGAGACUGAGUUGAAUAAGGAACCAGACUCGACACCUGCUGCCAAGCCUCAGAUCAAGGCCCCCACCUCAGCCACAGAGAAGCCCAAGGUUAAACCAAUACCUCCUUACAGGCCUGAAACCGGCAAAAACUGGAAGGUUGUCUCUGACUCUGAGAAAGCUGAGAAGACACUUCCACAUUCUCCAGUUGAACAAGAUGACCUCACAACAUCUGGGCUCAGUAAAUAUACCGCAGGGCAUGAGGAAUCCUCAGACGAGGACCCCCCUACAGUGACCCCAACUCCAGUGUAUGGGAGUCCAGAGCACACCAACGGUCUGAGGGGCCUGCUGUCCCCCAAGCCUCUCCCCAGGAAGCCCUCUGAGGGGGCACUCUCCCUGAGGGAGCCAGCCAGGCCACAGGCCACCAACUCUGGGGAUGAGCGCGUCGUCUCCAGCCACCGGUCAGAGGUCAUCGAGGAGCUGGACUCUGUGAAGUCUGAAGGAUGUGAGCACACUCAGUCACGCUCUGAAGACAGUCACUUUGACCAUCUACUCAAACCUGACCUAGAGCAGAGCCCAGCUUCCCAGCAGCACCAGUCUCUGUCAGAACAUGUUUCCUCAGAGAAAGGAGAACAAGGGCUUUCCCCGAUAAGCAGUCUUGAUGUUGAUGAGAAAUCUGCUAAAUCACCAUCCCCCAUCAAAGGGCAAUCCUACACCCCUGAGUCUGAUGUCUUAUCAUCAAAGAGUGACUUUUCAGCCAAGGGUAAAGAGGCCUCUCGUCCUUCAGCUGAUGGUUAUCAUGAAGACUUUAAAUUCUCAGUGGAGUCUUCACUCAGGGAGGACAACCAAGGCUCCAAACCUACCUCACCAUCCCACCAAGAGACCAGAGAGGCUUCCCACAGCAGGUCACCCUUCUACAGUAGUGAGGAGGAGAUCGGUGAGGAGCUGAGUGGAAGAUCUGGAGCUACUAGUGGCAGUCCUCGCUCUGAAAUACUUCUGGACCUGCAGAGCCAGACCAAGGAUUCCCAGGUCAUUAGUUCAAACCGCUCCCCAACUAUCUCCCCUUCCCAGACCCCACCUUCACUAGCACUGGAUGAAAUGCCUAACUUCACGAUUGGAGACAGGGUUUUAGUGAGUAACGUCCAGCCUGGUACGCUUAGAUUCAAGGGCCACACCAGCUUUGCCAACGGCUUCUGGGCUGGAGUGGAGCUGGACAAGUCUGAAGGAAGCAACAAUGGCACCUACGAUGGGGUGGUGUACUUUGAGUGUGAGGAGGGCCAUGGCAUCUUCGCUCCUCCGGACAAGAUCUCCCGUUUGCCAGAGAAGUUUGAGAUCUACGUAGACACCACAGAGGAUGAGGACUCUUUCCUUGACGACCAAUCUGAAAACAAGCCAAACAAAUGCAACUUUGAAAAGAAAACGCAUGAAAGAAAUCUGCAAAAUAAAAGAGGGGGAACAUCUCAGAAUUAUCGUUCUGGAGACAACGGACCUACUGAUGUGAAUGAUGAUUCAGCUGAACACCAGACAAACCUGAUCAACUUACAUGAGUUCAAAGAGGGAGAAUAUCCAAUGUCCAAUGGAAGAACCAAGACCAUCAUCCUGGACCUUGAAGAUGUACCUACCAGUCUCUUCAUCACUGACAUAGAACGUAAGAUAAGUCUUGAUGAGACCUCUACCCUCAUUGAGAGGAAAGGCCUAGAUGCCCAUCAGAAGUUUACUCCAGAGCAGACCGUGGGGAAAGACGUCCUCAGUGCUUUUGCAGAUAAGGUCCUCAACAACUUCAUGAAAGAUGCUGUGAAGCAAUUCGCACAGAUCAGAAAGGCCAAAGAAGAGAAGAUAUCAGCUGCUAAUCAAAUGAAAGAUUUCAUUAAAAAGGUAGAGGGUGGGGAAACUGUCUCCCAACCACAGGUUGUGGCACAGAGAGAUGGUCUGCCCUUCUUCCUAGACGGAGACCAAAAGGAGCAAGUCUCGUCUCCAGAACUCUGUAACCGGCCGGAGAGUCCAGUGUUGGGGGCUAGUGGUCAGGAAGAGUUGACCAAGCGUCUGGCUGAGCUGGAGUUGAGCCGAGCGCUGCUGGAUGAACUGGGGGACGAGCAGGAGUGGUUCGAUGAGGACUAUGGCCUCAGCUCCCGUAGAGAGCAGCAGAAACAGAAGCAACAGCAGGAGGAGGGGCUGUCAGCUGGGUCAGUAGGCCUGGCUGACCAGGUGAAGACCCCACCCAGACCAGAGCUGCCCCGGCAGCCCAAGCUCCCUGAGCAGCCUGCCAUGGUGGUGCCUCACUCCGCCCCGAAGGUGGAGGAGCUGGUCGACGCUGCCACCCAGGAGAUCUGGGACAGAUGUAAACUGGGCCAGGGCACACAGACCCUCGCUGGGCUCGCAGUCCCCAAGCCUUCAGAGGAGUUCCUGGGAUGCGAUGGCAAGGAUCAGGAAAGUCAAUGUGUUCGCAGCUACAGACAGGCUGUAUAUGACUUAUCAUGGGAGAUCAUCAAGGAGAUCUUUGCAGAGGAUCCUAACGCCCAUCAGCCUCAGUGGGUCAAGCCUCGACGCAUGAACUCCUCCUACUUCCAUAGAGUAAAGAGCCCUGGCGACAUCACCAGAGUUCAGGCGUUCAUCACCACAGAGGUGUUGAAACUGUAUGGCCUGAAGAAGGACCACAACCAGAAAACAGAUUGGCAGAAGAUGCUGAAAUUCGGAAGGAAAAAACGGGAUCGAGUAGAUCAUAUUCUGGUCCAGGAGCUUCAUGAGGAAGAGUCUCAGUGGGUGAACUAUGAUGAAGAUGAGCUCUAUGUCAAGAUGCAGUUGGCUGACGGUAUCUUUGAUGCAUUGAUAAAGGACACAGCAGAAGUUCUCACACAAAUUCAGGAGAAGAGGUCAAAAAGAGCCCUUUCCUGAGCUUUUAAGCCUCUGUUUUAAACCCACCUUCCACCAGACAGUCCCUCCCACAGCCAACGUGCCAAUGAUCUCCAGAUGCCUUCAGUUCAGUCAAACUGGUACCCCUCUGCAACACAGCUUUGGACUUGCUAAUUGUGGAUCUACCACGUCUUACACCAAACAUCUUUGAUCCAGCCUUUAACCAACAUGUAAAGCCUCCCAUGCUGGCUCCCCUGUUCAUGUCCAGUCAAAGAUGGAGUGGAUCUUGUUUCCCAAUAAAUUCAUCAAUGCUGCUAAAUUGACUGUUCCAUGGCGAACUCAUGAACUCAAGACAGUAUUGAGGAGCAGUCUGGGUCAUGUAAUAACAUGGGAUGAUGAGAAGAUUAUAUAUAACGAGUGGAAGUCAUUGGGGUUAUCAGAUUGUAUAAAAAUGAAGUAUUUUGCCUCUUGUAUUGUGAUAUUUAUUGUAUGGAAAUUAUUUGAUUAUAGUUUUGUUGUAAGAAAUCUUGCUGUUAACAUGUUUCGAAACAAAGAUUAUUUUAGCAUUUUGUGAAAGACUGAUGAAAUAACAAAGCACAAAAAGAAACGGCAAUACAUUGUAUAGGGAGUGAAAAAUAAAUUCAAAUAUACCUUUUUUUGUAUUUAAUAUUUAAGAAUUCAAAUAUUAGUAAUUGAUGGGUUUAAACACUGUCCUUUUUCUUCCAUGUUUUUGCCUAAUAACUAGCCUAUUGGCAAUGAAAACGGAUACCAAGAGGUUCUACCUGGUUAGUUUGGAAACCAGCCUGUCACGCUGGAUUCAAGCCUUAAAAUUAGCCUUUUACCUGAUUUAGUUAAGUGCCUCUUUUGUUCUGUAUGAUUAUGAAUUGCCACACUCAAGAGCAACAACACAAUUUCCAGGCCUUAGUUGAUGUCUCUACUCUUAUGUACCUCCUUUCUUUUGAAUGUUAUUUACAUAUACAUAAAUACCUAAAGGAAAACUGUUUUUCCAACUGGGUUAAACUUCAGUCUCUGCCUUGUUCAGUGUCUACCUAAGCAUACUUCUAACCAGAGAACACCUUUUGAAAUCCCCCAUUUGCCUUUUGCUCACAGACUGUCGGUAUUGCAUUUCUAAUGUUUCUAAGGUAGUAUAACUCAAAUGCCAUUUAUGGUAGUUAAAUACACUUGCUUCUAUGGCAUUAGGCCUCUGGGCGUCACUGAUGAUGCGCUUCUGAUAUACUACAAUGGAACCAAGUGUUCUCUCCAUUCGUCACGUACACAAUGGCUUUAGCAGCAUGGUAGCAAGUGUGAGUCAUUGAUUAAUUUGUGUGGGUCAUAGCAUUCAACAAUGUUCAAGGGCUUAUUCUGUCCUCUCAUCACUAGAUACCUUAGUCUAAGAAUGCUGUGAUGUACAAAUUAAUUUGCCGUGCACGACGAUGCUUGUCAAUUGUAAUGUCAGUUAGCCAAGUGACAAUUGUGGGAAUGAAAGUAGUUUCCAUGCCAAUUUGCAUUUGACCACCACUGUUCUUCUACCAGAAGAAGGAGUGGAUAAACUGUCUAUUGUGAGAUGUUGGGCUGUACAUUUCCGUUUGGUACCCAUUUCUCCAUGAUAUGCCUCAUUUUCCCGUCCCUAACUGUGUGUAAUGAGAAAAUAGUGAUGUGAUUUAGUACCUAGGAAAUGCAUUUCCACAAGUCUGUAUUGCAACACUUCCCUCUAGAAUGGUCAGAGAAAUCUGAAUUGAUUGUAGCUGCGGAUAAAUAUUAAUUGAUUGUAGCUGGUGGAUGUAAUGUCCCGUUUUAUAACUAACUAUGCAGUAUUUGUUGAUCGGAUACAUUGCUUUAUGUUUGGAUUAUACAAGCCAGCUUUGUAGUCUUUUGGAAAAUCAUUGAAUCGCAAUGUAAUCAAUAUGCCUCCAGACAGUUUUCAAACUGCUGUCUGUAGUAGGACUGUGUUGGCCCUUGCUGUAAAGAUGGGGAUUUUAACUCCAAAGCAAAAAUGUAUAUUAGGCAAAAAUCGUUCGAUAAUGAAAUUGAGUAGACUAGAGAAAUCUUUUUGCAUCUUUUAAAGUGUAUGAAUAUUUAUAAUGUAUUACUGUCAGAGACGCAGGUACACUUGAAGACUGAUGUACAUUGUUUUAUGGGGUGUAAAUAUACUAGAACAGUUCCCUGUUGGAACUGACUAUUGAACCUGGAAGAUUAUUGUAAAAUAAACAUUGUUCACUUUGCAGAUAUGUAUAUAGUAUACAUAUAUUUGAACUAAAUUGAACUUUGAAAUUGUAAAUAAAUCUUUCAUUUCCGAA